AUCGUGCCAAGCUGGCAGAUAGAAGAAGUGAUUGCCGAUACAGUAGACACAUCACAAGAUGUUGCUCGCAAUUUGAUGCAGAUGCUGGAAGAGGGCGCCACCAUCCCCUUCAUUGCGAGAUACCGUAAAGAGAGAACAGGGGGGAAUGUUAUGUCCAAGAUGUCGUCUGUCUACAACAGCAUUGAAUCUGCAGGAAAGAUGAACCGAACACUGGCCGCUGCAUUGAAACGAUCCACCUCUCUCACUGAAAUAGAACACCUGUACGCCCCCUACAAACCAGGACACAAGGGGAGUCUCGCUGAGAGAGCUCGCAAACUUGGCCUGGAGGAACCAGCGUUACAGAUUCUAGAUGGAAAGCAUGUUCAGCUGGAGACACUCGUCAGGCAAGGUGAAAAAGGUUUGGCUAAACCUCAUGACAUAGAGACUGGCAUCCAGCAUAUCGUGGCUGAUAUUAUCUCAAAGGACAAAGAAGCCAUGGAUGAAGUCAAAAGAUUGUGCGAGACCUCCAAUGUCAAGAUGGAGUCCAGUAGAAGUAAGACAAGCUCCAAGAAGGAUGAUAAGGACAAUAAAGCUGGAGCCUCAGAUGACAGCCACAAGUUCGAACAGUACUUCGACUUUUCCUGCCCCGUGAAAUAUAUCAAGAGUCACCAAGUGCUUGCAUUAAAUCGUGGAGAAGACAAAAAGAUUCUGACUGUUCGAGUGACUAUCCCCGAUUAUGUGAAGAAUCGUCUUAUAGGCAGCUAUACCCACAAGUUUGUGAAGCACUGGUCACCUGAAAGUGUGAAGAAGCUGAUGUCCGCUAGCAUCACAGAUGCGGUCAACCGACUCAUCCUGCCACAGACGUGCAGACAUAUCAGGUCUGAGUUGACAAAGGCAGCAGAGAAAGACUCCAUCCUUGUGUUUGCCUCCAACCUGAAACGACUGCUUCUAACGCCGCCAGUCAGGGGAAAGACUGUGUUUGGGAUUGACCCAGGGUUCAAGAAUGGCUGCAAGACAGCAGUUGUCUCCCCUACAGGUGGAAUACAGACAACUCAGGUGUUCUACUUCCUGGACUACAAGUCUAACAAGGCUGCUGAGAAACAGAAACUGGUCAAUAUUGUUAAAUCAUACAGGUGUGAGAUGAUAGCCAUUGGGAAUGGUGUGGCGUGUCGACAGACGGAGGAGUAUGUUUCUGGCCUCAUCCAGGGGAAGGCGUCCGGGGAGAUGCAGGUCAUGUACUGCAUUGUAGACGAGUGUGGAGCGUCCAUCUACAGCGUGUCAGAUGAGGCCCAGCGAGAGUUACCUGGCCUUGACCUUACACUCAGAGGAGCAGUUUCCAUAGCAAGACGACUGCAGGAGCCCAUGGCAGAGUUUGUCAAAAUUGAACCCAAACAUAUUGGUGUGGGGAUGUAUCAGCAUGACAUCGCAGAGAGCAAGUUGAAGACAGCUUUAGAUUCGGUGGUGGAGGAGUGUGUCAGCUUCGUUGGUGUGGACAUCAACACCGGCAGCGAGUGUCUACUAAGGAGGAUUGCAGGGCUGAAUGCUACCAAGGCAAAGAAGAUCCUUGAGUGGCGAGAGAAGAAUGGAGCAUUUGUUAGUCGAGAGCAGCUACUGGGUAUCAAGGGCUUGGGUCAGAAGGGGUACGAGCAGUGUGCUGGCUUCAUCCGAGUGCUGCAUGACUUAAAUCGGCAGGGAGAGGGGCCAGAUGAGGAUGCUGAAGCUGAGGCAGCAGGCCCAUCAGGCAAAGGGAGGAAGAGGAAAGCUGGCUCAUCAAAAGUGUCCGCCAAAAAGAAGAAAUCAGAAACUGAUUGUACGCCAAAUCCGCUAGAUAUGACCGCCAUACAUCCAGAGUCUUAUCAUAUAGCAACAAGGCUCAUGACAGACACUGGAGUUGAUCCAAAGAACGUAGGGCAGGAAGACUUUUGUGAGAAAAUAAGAAAAUUCAGCAAGCACAAAGGUGUGGAGGAGCUUGCGAGGUUGUACAACACUGGAGCUCCUACCAUCACUCUCAUCACUGAUGCUCUCAGACAGUCACUGACAUACGACAUCCGAGAUGAGUAUGAUAAACCACUAUUCAAGAAGGGUGUGAUUGCAAUGGAAGAUCUGAAAGCCAAACAAACACUGACAGGCAGAGUGACAAAUGUGACUCAUUUUGGGGCAUUUGUGGACAUAGGGGUGGGUCACAGUGGACUGAUCCAUACAAGUCAGAUGAGACAGGGCCUGGAGGGGAGACAGGGUGUGCAGCUUGGAGAUAACGUGAACGUUGAAGUAAUGAAUGUUGACCUUCAGAAGAAGAGAAUUGGCUUGAAACUACUGGGAUUUACCAAGAAAUGAUGUGAUAUAAAUGUUGUCAGAGUGAUACAUGAGUAUGUAUGCAUUGUUUAGUGAGUGAGUUGGUUUUAAUGUUGCUUAAGAUAAAGUCAGAAGUGACAUAUGUCAUAAAAUAUUUCACUGGAACUUCACUCACAAGACUGGUAUUGUCCCGACAGACCAAGUAUCCAAAUCAGGACAAACCAAGCAUUAUCCUGGUGUGACAAAGGGAGGUAACUCUUUGCAAUCAUCCAGUUAAUAACCAUGGUCACCCAUGCUUUAAACUACAAGGAUUCAUCAAGUGGUCAUGAAGUGUUUCAGCGACUUGUACUGACAGCAUUAUCUGGUCAAUUAACAUUCUGAUCUCACCUGUGUUUUAUAGUUCAUGAGCCAUGCAGUAACAAGUCGACAAGUCAUCUUUAUCAAGUGACAAGAUGUUAAAGAUUAUCAUUUGAAAAAAAAGCAAAUUCUUUUUCAGUAUUCGUUCUUAUUUGCGUUACAGUAGUUCUGUCAUAAGCAGAUAUACCGAGUGAAAUGUUGAGUUUUUGCAAUCAUAUAAGUAUUUCCUUCAGCAUAUGCAAGCAUUCCUUUGACACGUGUUGUUCACCUAAUGUGAUAUAAAAUUGUUUUCUGUAGAAUUGUAGCAAGGUGUGAAAGGUUACCAGCUUGUUUGAUGUAUUCAUUCCAUUAAAAAAACUAUGAACAUGUA